AUGUAUAGACUAACGACUAUCUUGAUCACGCUAUGCACGAUUUUCCUCACCGUUCUGGCUGCGCCAUUACGGAUCGAUAGAGCUACGACAGGAUCACUUGAAAAGCGCACCACACACUCAGGCGAGGGUACUUGGUUUGAAGUUGGCACAGGAGCCUGCGGAUAUACGGAUACAGAUAGUGAUCCUAUAGUUGCUAUUUCUGCCGAGAUAUAUGACAGUGGAGGAAACUGCAAUCAGUGGAUUCACAUCACCAACACCGACAACGGACAGAGCGCGUAUGGGAAGACGCGUGACGAAUGCGAGUCUUGUGGCUCAGGUAGCCUAGACAUGUCUCCUGGCCUGUUUGAAGAACUAAGCACACUCGACACCGGUGAAAUCCCAAUUUCAUGGCACUUUAUGAGUAAGGACUGGUCGCCUUAA